AUGGCGAAAGGUCGUGUAAGACAGAUCCUGCUGACCGUCUUCCGGGUGAUCCAAUUCAUCCUGAGCCUCGUCGCCCUGGUAUGCGGUAUAUACAUAACAUACGUAUACUAUGAUAUGGCCUCCUCAGCUCAUGACCUGUUGGAAGCCAUCGACACGCUCGACCCUGAGAACGACGGCGUCCAGAUCCUCGAGCACUCUCUCGUCCCAGUGCUCCACCACUUCGAUGGCACACCAAUGCGCGCUAUCCUGAUUCUUGUAGCGGCACUCUGGUCCUCUCUCUCAAUCAUCUCUCUCUUCUUCGCCGACCGCGCAGCUCGCCACUCUCCCCGCGACCUCAAGCGCAACUCGCGCACUACUCGAGUAACGAUUAGCGUGUUAACACUAAUCCUCUGGAUCGCAGCGAUCAUCUGCUCUGCGCUUCUCACCGUCGAGUUCGGCGUCUUCGCGCUGGUCGCAGGGCCCGAGACCAAGGUCGCAUUGACGACGUCAGAGAAGAUACUCCUCGAAGCAAUGCAGCAAAUUGCCGAGAGCAUCGACCCUAUCAGUGAUGCUAUGAAUAUUGUUGGCUCGAUCAUGACAAUUGGGUUCAUGGCGAUUUUGUUGCUAGUGGCGAGUAUCGUGAAUACCAAGGUGGCGCUGUGGAAUUGUGUUAUCGCGUGCUGUAUGAGUGGGAAAGGUAUGAACAAGAAAGUAACGAAGGACCAGGCGAUGAUGGAAAAAGGUGGUGUUCAAGUCAGCGUUGCGUCGGUUUAA